GAUUGGCCGCCGCAGUCGGCCUCUGCGAUUGGCCACUUUCCGGAGCUGGCUUCUGUGAUUGAAUGGAUGCCGGCAGCUGUUGGAGCGCCCACCCACCCUCCGUCCCUCGUCGAUGGUGGCGCAAAUCGGAAAUUGGUUAAGACGGAUGCUUUGGGAGUAAAGACACUGGGCAAGCAGGUGUUGAGCGUGACCCGGUGAGCAGCUUAAGCGUGGUGAGGGCGACCAGCGAGCACCAGUCAAAGGAGGAAAGAUGGCUGGGUUCCUGGAUAACUUCCGCUGGCCCGAAUGCGAGUGCAUCGACUGGGGGGAGAGACGCAAUACCGUGGCCUCGAUCGUCGCUGGAGUGCUGUUCUUCACUGGCUGGUGGAUCAUGAUCGAUGCGGCGGUGAUGUACCCCACCCAAGAUAGGCUGAAUCAUGCCUUCCACACAUGUGGUGUGUUCUCUACGCUGGCUUUCUUCAUGAUCAAUGCCGUCUCCAAUGGCCAGGUGAGGGGCGACACCUACGGGGAGGGCUGCUUAGGCCGUACAGGGGCUCGACUCUGGCUCUUUGUUGGCUUCAUGAUGAUGUUUGGUUCCCUCAUCGCCUCCAUGUGGAUCCUGUUUGGCGCCUAUGUCGUCCCCAAGAAGGAAGUGUACCCUGGACUGGCUGUGUUCUUCCAGAAUACGCUGAUAUUUUUCAGCACUCUCAUCUACAAGUUCGGGAGAACGGAAGAUCUGUGGGCUUAGAUGGCUUUUUGCCCACAUAGGUCAACCUCCCUGCCCUCCCCAUCCCCAGCUUCUCUCUGCAUCCAUGCCCAGGCAGACACAACCGGGGGCCCUAUGAAUGUGGACCCCCCACCCACACACACUGACAUUCUCUUCACCCUGGUACCUCACCCAGGCUUGGCGCCCCGUCAGCUGACGGUCCGCCAUGCCCCCCCCCGGUCGUCGUUUCCCGAAGCAGCAGUUGAGCAGGUGUCGGUGACGCCCAGAUCAGUGCCGUCCAGGACACCCCUCUCGCCACUCCUGCUUGCCGAGGAGGACUUUGUCAGGCAUUUGUUGGUCUGACAGGGACACGGACUGUCCCUGGUGAUUUAUAUUAAUGGCCGCGUGCAGUUAGCUGUUCCUCUCGUUGUCUUGUGUUGGUGAAAUCUGUUGCAAGGGACAUCUGAACUUUUAGGUUGAGCCUGACAGGUUGUGGUUGCUGUACAUUCAGCACCACAACCCCUUCCUUACACAACAUGUCAUGGCUGCCGGCGAAACACGGUGACCUUGUUUUGGCUGUAAUUGUUUUUCUAGGUUAAAUGUGUAUCAUUAUGUUCAGACCACAAACAUUAUUGUUUUUAGGGAAAACAGUGUUUCCUGGCUAGAAAGGUUUACCAGGUUAUAUUGUUAGUCUGUGUGCUUCAACACAAAUAUACACUGGGGAAAAAAAAUCUGUGCUCUCUUAGUGUUUAAAAUGUUAAGUUAUAAGAACUUCGUAAAGUUAAAACUGCUUCCCAUGUUGGCUUGUAGCCUGGGGCUUGAAUCAGGAAGCAGGAUUUCCUGCUUAGGCAGAUAACUUGUUGGGUUGAAGGUAGUUGGUGCUUAACGUACGUUUGCCUUAAAUCCAACAAGCAAAAAAUUCUACCACGUGCAACAGGCCCCUGAUCUGUAUGGUGAGAACAACAUCCAGACUGGAUAAACAGCUCUGUGUUAAGCCUGCCACUGCACAGCUGAUCGUCUGACAGAAACAACCAAUUGCUUUGCACUCCAUUAAAAAAAAAAAAGCUA